CUUCCCACAGUAGUGGCCCUUCAAACUCGUGGAGUAAACUGCCUUAAUCGAUGCCCUGUUUGCUGGAGACACCGAGAAAGCAUUGAACAUUUAUUCUUCAGAUGCCCCCUAGCCAUAAGAUUGUGGACUUUAGUGGGAUUGAGCAACUUUAUUGAGACCGCCCAGAAUGUUAACUCUAGUCUAUGGUGGCGACAUGUCAUGGUCUCCGAGACCGCCCCAUUCCACAUUCUCCAAUGCGUCUGCUUACUUUGGAGAAUCUGGAAGUCUAGAAUUAAAGUGGCCUUCGAAUUUAUCCAACCUCAUGUCCGUUCCCUAGCCAGAUAGUUCUACAACCAGGUCCUCGAAGUCUCCAGUCUUCUCCUCCCCCUUCCUCCCCGCAACUCUCUACUCCUAAAUCAUCCUGCCACCACUUGGGUCCCUCCACCAGAAUACUUUUUGAAGAUCAACAUCGAUGCAACUGUUUGUGCCUCCGGGUGUUCAUCUGGGCUUGUUAUCCGUGGGUCAGACGGGCAUGUGGUGUUGGCGUUCGGGUUGCAGCAUCAAGGAAUAGUCAACCCUUCUGGCAGAGAUUCUACCUUUUAGGGACGCUCUCUCCUUUGUAGCCUCAAGAUCCUUGACCCACGUGAUAGUCGAAGGUGAUUCCGAAGUGGUCGUUAACCAAGUCCGUCAAGGCGUCAUAGAAGACUCGAUUGGUGGUCCGGUGUUACAAGAGUGUCAUCAGAUGCUUAGUUCUUUGUCUGUUUGUAUAGAGUUUCGGGCGGUACCUAGAUCCGCCAACAGUGCUGCCCAUAGAAUGGCGCGUAAAGCACUGCUUUUGUCUCGUGUAGAGCUAGAAUCUUUUGUUUUUUUGGAUGACUUCUUUAAAAUCUUUUAGGGGUUUUAGAUAGAAUUGUAAGCUUAACUAUUAUCUUCCAUCGAUAUCACUCAGAACAACUUUCAUUAAAAUUAUAGAGUUGGAACCAUGAGCUAAAGAAGUAGAGAAGAAGAAAGGCGGAAAAGAGCCAACUUGCAAACCGUGGAAAGCUUUGGAAUGAAGAAUGGUGGGCAAAACAAGAAGGCAAAAGCCUCGUUUGGGAUAACACGCAGGGGAAUUGCUCUUGAUAAGGAGAAGAUGAAGUCCCAUUUCUUCAGGGUCAUGUUUGAUUCCAUGCUAAAAGAUGCCACAGUUUACAUUCCGACCGAGUUUGUGAAGAACAAUAGAUCCAGGCUAGGCAGCUCUGUAAAGUUGAAGGUUGCUAAUGGUGAUACAUGGGAAGUUGAGCUGGCAGCUGAUGAUGAUGGGCUGAUUUGGUUGGUCAAGGGCUGGGAAGACUUCACAAAGCACCAUUGUGUGAAGCAAGGUGAUAUUGUGGUGUUCCGGCUAGAACAGGACAGCUUAUUUCACGUCAUGGUGUUCGAACCCACUGGAAGUGAGAAGAAGUACAGUAGUGAGCAUGUAAAUAACCAUGGAAGGCUGCUUAAUGUCAAAGUUGAAGAGGAGAUUGAUGUGGGGAAGGAUACAGAAAAGCUCAAGGAAGUGCAAACCAAGAAGCGUGGUAGAGAAGAGAAGAGGAAUGCGAAAUUGGCUGCUCCACUUGAGAUUCCAAACCAUCCAUUGGAGACAAAAAUGAGAGGAGCACCGAGACCAAGGAGGGACGAUCCCUCAACAAGCUCGACAAAUCCAAGCUUCUCCAUUACCAUAACAGAGUAUAGCAUGAAGAGGGGCUUUACAACCUUGCCGACUGCUUUCGUGCACAACCACAUGAGGCCUGAAAGUGGCCCUGUGAAGGUUUCUGCUGAAGACGGGUCGGGUUCGUGGGACUUGUCCUAUAUCUUCAGUGGACGCACUGGACGCACCCGUGGACGGGGCCAUUUCGGUGGAGGUUGGCCUGUGUUCCGCAGGGAUAACUCUCUGGAGCUAGGAGACGUUUGCAGGUUCGAGCUCACCUCCAAUGGCCAAAUGAAGGUGACUGUCGAGAGGCAUUGAGGCUGUGGUUUGGUUUGCUUGUGUUUGAAGCUUUUGUGGUUUAGGGAUUAAUGCGUUAAGUAAGAAAAGUGCUAACUGCUA